AAGUUUGUGGAGCAAAUGUGUGAAGCAUUUUGGGACCACCUGAAAGAACAACUGUCAAACACUCCUCCUGACUUCUCUUGUGUUCUUGAGCUUCUCAUCAAUAUUAAGCAUAUCUUGAUAACACUGCUAUUACCACGCCAGACUGGUCUAAGAAAUGAGAUUGAAGAAACUCUGAACAUGGAUCUCCUUAAACAGGAAACAGAACAUGGAACUCUGGAUUUUCCUCUUCUUUCUACCAAUAUCCUCCAUGUGAUGGCCUUAUUAUGUGUGCCAUUUCGAGAUGAAGCAGUACAGAAUCUAGAGAGCAUAAAAGAUCCUGUGGAGUUACUGAGGGGUAUCUUCCAGGUUUUGAUCCUGAUGAAAAGGGACAUGGCAAAUUAUACUAUCAGGAAUGUUCAACCAUAUUUACAGGAACAUUCUUUCCAGGAUGAACGAGAUGAAUUUCAGAAACUCCUCAACAAGCAGCCCAAUCUCCUUAAGCGCACCACAAAAUGGAUAACCAGAGCAGCAACUGACCUCAUCACACGGAUGCGUGCUUCAAAUGCUCCCAGCACCUCCCUUAGUAUGGCAUUAUCAUUUCCAGUCACAGAAGUUAACCCAGAACCUCCUAGUCUCACAAUGGUGUUAUACCAAGGCUACCUGAACCUUGUUCUCAGAGAUCACGGAAAUGAAGAAUUUCCUGAAACUCUGAUGAUGGACAGAGCACGACUACAGAUCAUGAAGGCGAAGUUGUACGAUUUAACUAUCCUGGCCUCAGUUCUGCUAGUAGCAAAAAGUUUCUCUUAUGGUGUUUUAUUCAGCUCACCCAAAUUUGUGGAAAAACUGAAAUGCAUAACCAUGGCAUUAACUGAAGAUUUUAUCAUCGAGCCUGAAGAAGUUAUGCGACGUGUAAGUGAACAGGUGUCUGAAGAAAUCCAUCAAGGCCUCAAGGACAAAGGUCUCAAAGCUUUGAGCCGUAAAAAUAGAGCAUCUCUUGUAGGCCAACUCCAGAACAUUGCUAAGAAAGAAAACGAUGUUCGUAUCAUUAUUGAACAACGAAUCCAUUUGUUUCUCAAACGUUGUCUGGUUCGUGGCAUGCAGGAAUCUCUUAUAAAUUCUGCUGGAGGCCUUCUUUUCAUUGAAGCGGAGUUGGCUGAACUAGGCUGGAAGUUUGUCAACCUAAUGCACCAUAAUCAGGACGUAUUUAGUCCAUACUAUGCUGACAUCCUAAAAGAUGUUCUCUCCUCACCAAAUCUGGAAGAAAAUGAUAUGUAACCUGUCAAAUAG